AUGGCCAUUAAAGAUUUCUUUUAUUUAGUUGCUUUCUUGACUUGUUGCGGUAUCAUAACUCAGCUGACAGCUAAGGUUGCCGAAAAGCAGAAGAGCACAACGGUAUUAAUUCUCGGAGGUGGGAUUUCAGGAAUUGCUGCAGCAAAGACAUUGAGUGAUCAUGGAAUUAAAGAUUUCAUAAUCUUGGAAGGAACGGACAGGAUCGGCGGACGAAUGAGAAAGAUGCAGUUCUUCAACACCACUAUCGAGCUUGGAGCGAAUUGGAUUCAAGGAGUCAAGAAUAAUCCCAUCACGGAUUUAGCUCUGAUAUGUGGCUUAAAGGGAAAGCUUGAAAACGGAAAUUUCGUGAUUAGAAAUGAAAGCGGAUUUAACACAACAAUGAAAGGAAAUAUGGCACAGUUGAAGCGUGCUGAAGAGAUCUUGAAUAAAAUAAGACUUCAUCGUCGAAAGCUGCAUAAAGGAGAUAUUUCUAUCCGCGUUGCAUUGAGGCUGGCCAACUGGCUUCCGGUUACGCCAGAAGAGGAUGCCGCGGAAUAUUUUCAAUAUGACUUUGAAUACGCUGUCCCUCCCAAAUACACCUCGUUAAGAACAUGGAUCGCGGACAAUGGGAGUAUUCACUCAGUUGGUGGCGCAGGGUUCUUUGUAACCGAUCCCAGGGGGUAUGUUCACAUUGUCGACUGUCUUGCGGAUAUGUUUCUGGAACCAAAGGAUCCACGGUUACAAUUGAACACAACUGUAACGGAAGUAAAUUGGAAUGAGAAAGGUGUUUGCGUUACUUCCGUUAAUGGGGAUGUGUACACCGCAGACUAUGCUCUGGUCACAUUUAGUAUUGGUGUACUGAAAAGCGGACUAGUUAAAUUUACACCUCAACUGCCCAAAUGGAUUUUGGAGCCCAUUUUUAAGGUGAACAUGGCCAUUUAUACCAAAAUUUUCUUAAAAUUUCCAACGAAAUUCUGGGACGAUAACGAGUAUAUUCUUUACGCAUCUAGACGUAGGGGUUAUUACACUACAAUGCAGGACCUGGAAGCGGAUUCUCGUUUACCAAAAGGAACCAACAUCCUUCUGAUCACUGUAACAGGGGAGGAGUCGGUCAGACUGCAAUACCAGAGUAAUGAACAAACCCAAACAGAAAUAAUGGAGGUACUGAAAAACAUGUAUGGUCCUAAAAUUCCGGAUCCACUUGGUAUCUUCUACCCAAAAUGGGGGCUGGAUCCGUAUUUCCUGGGAUCCUACUCGAACGUACCAAUCGGGAUAUCAAGUAGUGAUUUCGCCCAUCUUCGGAGGCCAGUCGGAGCCGUGUUUUUCUCGGGAGAGGCGACGCACGAGUUGUACAAUGGCUACGUACAUGGUGGCUACAUAACAGGGGUGGAGCAGGGUAAAAAGAUAGCGAAGUGUGUGACGAAAGGAUCGUGCAGCUAG